UUGGGAUGAUUGUGCUGGGUCAAAAAGUUGGGUUGUUUGGGGUACUGUAAACACAUUAUUGGGUUGCUCAUGCUGGGUAAAAUGAUUUGUAACGGGGUCAUUCACAAAUAAACAGUUGGUUGGGUUAUUUUGACCCAGCAACUGGUUUAUUACUUUUUCAUUCUUUGCAGAACUUUCUGGAUUCUUCACUUCUGACAGGAGGAGGCACGCACUCGGAGCGGGCAGUGUUUUAUGUGACUGCUGCCACUCAUGGACACGUUUGUGAGAGGAAAAUUGUCUGAAUGGCAGCUUGAAAAUCUUAUAGACACAUUUAAAGAUUUACAAGAUUUCUGUAUCCUGUAUCCUGAUGCAGCGAGGAAACUGUUUGAAAACUGGACCACGAUAAGUGAAAGAAUUCUUCCAUAUGCCCAGCGAGAGGGUAAACUGCCCUCAGUACUGGGUGACAUGACACCAGCUGCUAAAGAGGAGACAGCUUUGAAGGUCCUGCCAACUAUGCUUCCCCCAUCCAUCUACAGGAGAGGAGGAAAGGUCUUCAGACCCACCACAGAGGAGGCCCAGAAGUCAUUUAUUGACAUGCAACCUGUUGGGACCAACAUGGUUGAAUAUUUAAACCAUGAGAUGACCGGAGCAUUGCUGCACAUUCUGUGCCUCAGUGAUGAGACAAGGGGGACAUCACAGACCUUUGCCAUAAUUCCAGGCCACGCGAUUGAGACUGAGUCUUUGUUGGAGGUGGUUGAUCUUUGCUUUAAAGCUUUUUUUGUUUUUGAUGUUCAGUACACCAAGCAGUGUUCCCCACCUGGGAGUUUCUCCAGCAUGCUGUAUAUCAAAUUGAAGGAAAAGAGUCCUCCUCUGUAAAGUUUUUGAGGACAACAGUGGUUUCAGGCCCACAUGAUAUGUAGAUGAUUUUAAAAUGUAUUUUGUUGCUGUUCUUAAAUCAACACAUCUUAAUAAAUUAAAUGUAAUCGUAUGAGAGUUCAAAUUAGUUGUUUAAUGACUUUUAAUGCCUGAAUAUUUGGACAGAUUUACAUUUGUUAUAAAGUCUGUGGGGAAGGGUGAAUG